AUGGUAAAGUGCGGAAAAUAUGUCGUAAUACUGGAGCUACUAUUAUUAACGCUCCUAUACAACUUAAUUAAAAGAAUAUCAAUAUCAAAUAAUGGUGAAAUAAUACCAUCAUUUGUCGAUGCAUAUAAUUGGAAUAUUUUGGAAAGGUGGAAGGCAAUAACUCCCAAAGAAAAGUUAGAAUAUAAAGUAAACCAUGAUUUAGGGUUAGAUAUCGAUGCAGAAAUUGGUGAUUUUGGAGAUUAUAAUUCAGAUGUAAAAACUGAUUUAAUAUUAUUUAAAUAUGACAAAACAACUAUGACUAGUACUAUAUUUGUAUAUAUAUUUAGCCCAUCUGAAAAUAAAUUUGUAUAUCAUACAGAAGCAAAAUUAGAAGGAAAAAUAGUCAAUUUAAUGGUUAUCGAUCUAAAUUUUGAUGGCUCCUUAGAUGUAUUAGUGUUAUUUAAAGAUAAUAACUCACAAGAUAAAUUUUAUAUAUCCACAUUUAUUCAAAAUGAAAGUGAUGAAUUAGAAGAAAGAUUUAAUUCGAAAAUAAAAGAAACAGAAAACGAAAGCAUAUCUGAUUUAGAAGACCAAAGCUUUUAUUUUACAAACAUACACCCAUUACUUUGUGAUAUAAAUAAUGAUGGCUUACCAGAUUUAAUAGCUCAGCACCCAAAUAAAUCAAAAUCAUUUUCCAGAUUUAUAUGGAUAAAUAAUGGUAAUGAUGGAUUUAAAAGUAUAUUAUGGGAAAAUAUGGAUUUAUUUGAAUAUACAGACUUAAGCGAAAUCAGUAAUCCAAAUUCAAAUGCUAUUGUAGAUUUAAAUGGUGAUUGUAAAGCUGAUUUAGUUUUUACUGUUAUAAAUAAAAAAAAUACUAAAAGAAUAUUUUUAGAAAUAUGGAUCAACAAAAUCGUUAAUGGAAAAAGCCGUUAUGUAAAAGCUGAUGAAGAUUAUAUGCUACCAGCUAAUUCUAUGCAAAUUAUUUUUGCCGAUUUUAAUGCAGAUGGAUCUAUAGAUAUGGUUGUACCAACUUGUGUUAAAAGUUCUUCAUGUAAUUAUUGUUGUACCCGCGGCGAUAAAAUAUAUUUUAUCCCAAAUAUACAAACAAAAAUAUGUGAGAAUUCAUGGACAAAAAAUGAAGACAAUAAAUGCAGAUUAGCAUCUAAUUUGUGCUCAGAAAGCGAUUUUGAAUUUGCAAACAAGUUAUCACCUGAUUAUAUUUCACUAUUAGAUGAUAAAGGAUUACAUUUUUAUGGCGAUGCAAGUUAUCCUAGUUAUUUGAGUGUUGGAGAUGUGGAUGAUGAUGGAUAUUUAGAUUUACUUGUUUCAUUAAGAAACGAUAAAGGACAAAACUUUGUUAGAAUAUACAAAAAUGAACAAAUCUCAAAUAAUGACCCAAAUCACACAGACAUUAGGCGUUUUUAUAAUUACUAUCAAUUUAUUAGUUCAGUAGAAAAACCAACACCUGAUGUAUAUAAUGCUGCAUUUUUUGAUAUAUUUGAAAACGGUAUAUUAGAUGUAAUCAUAUUUGGAACAUAUAAUAGUAAUAGUAAAGUAAAAAAAUAUUCAUCAGUUGGUUUUGUGCGUAGUAAUGAAACAGAUUCUUUGUUUCUAAAAUCAACCGCAUUAAAUGGUAUAUGUGUUAACGAUUGUUAUAAAGAAAAAGAUAAAAUAUCAACAAAAACUUUAGGAGGUAAUGCUCAUGGUCCAACAUUUAAAAUUACAGUUAUAGAUGCUAAUGGCACAAAAUCAAGUAAAAUAGGAAUACAAAAAAGCCAAUCAGCUCACUCACCACUUCAGUUACCUUAUGUCCUAUUUGGACUAGGUAGAACAAGUAAUUAUGUUGAAGAAUUUUAUGUUGGUAUGCCAACACAUGAGCAAUCCUAUUAUAACAUGUGGGUUUCUAUUAUCCCUAACUCACACAUUAUUGUCAUACCAUAUCCAUUAGAUGAUUCACAUAAAUGGCAAAUACAACUUUCAGUUAACCCAUCAAACAAAUUCUAUUCUAUUAUUUAUAUAACCCUCAUAUGUUUGUCCGUAAUAGGUGUUCUUAUAUUUAUUUUUGAUCGUAAAGAGAAAGUUGAAGACUCAAAAGAAGAAAUGGGUUUCAAAAGUCACUUUGUCAUUGGUUAA